AUGAAAUCUCUUCACUAUAGAAUUAAAUAAAAAACAAAGAACAUUCUAUUUCAACAUCUAUAAAAUAUAAUAAUGACCCAGACUUUAGACUUUGUAAUAUAAAAAGACAUUUAAAAUUUGAAUUUAUAAUUGAAAUAAAAAUCUUAUGAAAUCUAAGAAAUUAGUCUACAAAACUUAAGAUUAAAUGAUGAAGUUCAAAAACUUAAUGAAUAACUUAAAAGUUUAUUGAAAGUGAAUAAACAUUCUAAGGAAUUCUCUCAAUAAAUAGAAAUUAUAUAAGAUAAAUUACUUUAGAAUAAAAGUAUUAUUUAAAUGUAAGAUAACCAAUUACAAGUGUUAUAAUAACAAUCUAUUAAAGAUAAAAAAUAAUUACAACAAAGAUAUUUAGGAAUAAUUGAUUAAUUAAAUGAAGAUUAUUCUAAAAUUAAAUUAUAAUUAGAUUAAUCUCAAAAUAAAAUUUGCUAUUUAGAAGUGUUUUUAAUAAAAAGAUAUAAGAAUCUAAUGAAAAACAUACUUAGCAAAAUUAAGAAUUAGAAUAAUAUAUUCGUUAAUUACAAUUUAAGUUUAACUCUUCUUAAAAAAUAAAUCAAGAAAGUUCUAGAUCAUCAGAUUAUAUGAAAUCAUAAGUUUUAGACAAAGUAAAAUCGGAGAACUAAUAAUAUUAAUAAGAGAUAUAUGUCAUUCUUGCUCUAAAAUUAUUGUCAUAAGUAAGAUAUGAAUUUUAAAAUUAAUUUGGCAAACAAAUUUUAAUAUCAUUUUUAAAAAGGAAUAAAUAAAUUUAAUUGGUUUACAAAGUAAUUGAAAAGCUUAAUAAUCAGUUAAAAAAAAAUUUACUUUAUUAACUGAAUUUCUAAAUAUUUAAAUUCUUCUUUUUAAAUACUCCAUUUUGUAAAUCUAAUAUGCAAGUACUAUAAAUUGGAGUUAUUAAAUCAAGAACUGAUUGA